AUGGACUCGCCAGUUCUCCCAGACAAGUCGGUGUAUUAUUACAACUCGGACAUAUCAAAAUUCAACACGGCAUUUAUCUGCAAGUCUGAGGAAGAGCUGGCGGCAUCGGAGCACAACGUUGACGCCGUCCUCAUGGUCGCACUCCGGUUCCCUGGUGUGAACAUCACAGCACUACAGGAAGUGGUUGGCGAUCUCAAGCAGGUGUAUGGACUGACCCGCCGCAAGAUGGAGCGUAUCAGGGCGAACGAGGCGGCCGCAGACAAGGAGGACGAGCCAUCACCCCCGGCCAUUGCGUCGCGAAAGUACACCUGCUUGUGUCCGUUGACGUUGCUUCUUCGGGCCAUUGCCGAUAUAUGGAACACCGAAACACCCUGCACAGUCUCCUCCCAAAGUAGUCCUUGGGGAGAUCUUAAGAGGCCACACGACAUCCUUGUGGAGCUUAAGGACAGUCUGCGCAAAUGCGAUGGAAAGAUGUGGUAUCCCGGGCUGGCCAACUGCCUGCUCUUCCAUGCAGACAGAGGCAGUUACACCGUGGUAGCCAGUGCUGCUCGGUACAAGAACCUCCGGGGAUUGCGUAAGUACGCGUUGGACGUUAAACGGCAGGCGGCCACAGGCUUGCUGCAGCAGUGUUCACCGGAGUCGCGAGCGCGAAUUGGCCGGAUCCAGUCGGCUUCCCUGGACCUAUACGCUCACUUCCAGAAACAGAAGCAGGACAUGGACGACAGCUGGAUGGCAUGGAAGAACCCGUUUGACAACCCGGACAACUGUCUGUGGCUAGGCGGCGUUGCUGCCACAUUCUCGACCAUCGGUGAGUACAAGACAAGCUGCCUCCUAGACUAUUACCGAAUGCGGGUGCAGCGGCCACCAGCCGCCCAAUUGGCCGAGGAUAGCUUGAGCGUGGAAGACAGGAAGACCUAUCCUAUCGAAUCGUGCGCCGAGUACGAGAUGUUGGUGACGUUUGCGGCGAAGACGUAG